AAUUUCGAGAAUGGCGGCAAGUCAAACCAAAAUACAACAGUUCAAACUACAAAAAUAAAUGAGCAUACUGAAGAUUUAUUUAAUUCAGGUUCAAGUAUUGUUAAAAAAAGAACCAACUAUCUUCAAUGGGAUGAAUAUUUUAUGGCCGUUGCAUUUUUGUCAGCACAGCGAAGCAAAGACCCCAAUUCUCAAGUGGGAGCAUGUAUUGUGAACGAAGAAAAUAAAAUUGUCGGCAUUGGUUAUAAUGGCAUGCCAAACGGCUGUAGUGAUGAUAUUUUACCUUGGGCGAGAACUGCUGAAGAUUAUCUGGAUACAAAAUACCCUUAUGUGUGUCAUGCAGAAAUGAAUGCCAUUUUAAACAAAAAUUCCUCGGAUGUUAAAGGAUGUACAAUAUAUGUUGCUCUUUUUCCAUGCAAUGAGUGUGCCAAACUAAUUAUACAAUCUGGGAUUAAGAGAGUUGUUUAUCUAUCAGAUAAAUAUCGUGAUAAGCCAAUCACAAAAGCUUCAAAAACUUUGCUUGGUAUGGCCAAAGUUGAAUAUGUUGAAUUCAAACCAGAAAGGAAUAAAAUAACAAUUGACUUUGAAUCAAUAGAGCAGUCUACAAAAGCAAUUCACUAGAAAAUAAAUUGUGCUUUUAAACCUAAUCAAUUGACAAUAUUUUAUGUAUUUUAACAUUUGCUUGUACAUGUACAUAUACCUGCUACCAUUGACGUUAAUAAAAACCAUUUGAAAAGAAAUGAAGCUGGAUACAUAUAAGCAGAGUUAUUUAUUGUAAAACUACACUUGUCAAUACAUUUUUGCUUUCUUGUUA